UAAUAUUUUUUUGACAAUUUUUUGCCCUUGUUCUUCUUAAUAACUGAAUCCGGGACCACCUGAAGUCUAAACCUUUUUUUAGAUAACAUGUCAAUGCUGUCUUGAAAUUGAAGUGUGAAAUUUAGACAAUGGUAAUAGGAAUAAUGAAUACCUAGCAAUUUCACUAACAACUUGUUAAUCUCUAGAAAGUGCAAUUAAAAUUAAAAGCACUCUGCCACACUGCUUCGAUCCUGGUCAUGCAAUUAAUGUUCAUGGGUGGUGUUUCACGGCAGAGCACUGCAGUGCGCUGCGUGUGUCGGAGUAUUGGGUUUCCAUGGCAGUGUCAACAAACUUCACUCUGACGCUAAGCUAUGAUAGCAUCCCAAAAUGCUAGCACGCUGUGGCGCCAGCGCCAGCAGCAUGCUAGCAGUAUUUGAACUCAAACCUCUGUUCUUGGUAGGCACUUGGUUUUUCAGGACCUCUCACUCUGUUCCAAGUGCGAUUCAUCAUAAACAAAGAGAUCACAUGCAACGUCAUUCGAGUGACGCUAUGGUAUGCCGUAGCUACCAUAGCAUAGUUGCCAGCGCACACAGUGUCUGGGUGGUGAAACAGGGCCAUUAUUAAUCACAUUUGCUUUACUUUGUUUCAGCAGAAACCUGUCUGCACAUGGGAGGAGCACAACAAAAGCCCAUCAAGUUCAUGCAUGGCAGUGGAUUUCAACAGGAGAAAACCAGAAAGAGCAUAGAUGCUUAAAGAUUGCAGUUGUACACUGCUGUUAUCACCUGAUGUGAGUGGCUGGCAUUGCUCCAGGCAAGAACCACCUGCAAGUGAUGAGGUGGCGGCUCAGUCGUUGAGUGUGCUGCAGUGUGAGAGGCGCCCUGAUCUCUACUUCAUGAUUGGUUUCCAUUGGAGGUUCAACUGAGAAGUGAGAACUGACUGUGGCCGUGCUGGAGCAUGCCAGUGGAGCUUCACAUGCUUAGGGCAGCUUUUGAACAGAUGCUGACCAUGGCAUGUCCCAUCCAGUUAUCACGUGCACAGAAUGGUGGGGGAGGGCAACUCUGGGCUCUUGAGUCAGUCAGCCCAGACUGCACAGGGGUACAGAUGGCCGCUUACGUUUGGUGUGUCCUGCACCGCAUUAUCAAGCCCAGUCUGCUGCCACAGGCAAUGGGUCGGGCUGCAGACUAUCUUGCAAAGGAGGCUGGCAUCCUCUCCCAUAAUGACACACCAAUUGGCAAUCAUCGCUGCGAUGAUCACGAGGGUGUCCGCUUAUCUGCCAUGGUGAGGUGGAGAGGCAGCUGGCCUGAGGGAUGGUUUUCCUUCAUCCGAGGCCCCCUUUCCCCGCCUGCCAGGCCCGGUCAAACGACGGCUUCACAGUGAACGACUUGCAGUGGAUGCCGUCCCACAGCGCAACGAGCGCGCCGACCAGAGGCGGCGGCCAAGAGGCGGCCGCGCUCCCCCAGUCGACGGUCCCGGUGGACGUCGGCAACGCCCACCGCGCGACCAUCAGAUCGGCUCGCGACCGCGCCGUCGCCGACUGACCGCAUGACUGGUAUCUGUUCUUGAUGUGGGACCGACUGCCACCGCCGGUCGCGGAAGGGCAUCGCUCAUCGGCCAUCGACGUCCACCAGCUUCGCGUGGGUCACUGUUCGGGCUGCCACCAAUACACCGAAUCGGAUGGAACCCUGUCGGCGAAUGCCGGCGGUGCCCCGACAUCGACUGCACGGCGGCCAGUGCAUCGCGUGCCGGGAGGAGGCUGGCACCCCCGAUCGGUCAUCGGUCACAAACCGUGUCCCAGCUCAUGACUGCAUCCAGCGCAGCUCUGUGAGAUGUUCUGCUGCAGUCUGCCGCGUGUGUUGAAAGAAGAAUGAACAUGAGAAAACCUCAAAACUUUAUGCCUAUUAGUAUUUGACCAGUAUUGGAAUAAGUUUGGAUUUUGAAAAUUUGUGUCCCUGUGCUUGUGCCUGUGUGGAAAGGCAUGCUUUACGGUGUACCAUCUCAAUUUGUGCGGCUGCUGACAGGCCACCUGGGUGCCAACGUAUGUGCGAAUCCGCGAAUACGUUGUGUUUCGUCAGUCGGUAUCGUUCUGAAAAUAUUGACUGCAAUAGGCUAUAUAGCGUAUGACGGUUCAGCCCAGCAGUAAUAACUGACCAUUGAUUGGGCGAAUUUUGUGUGGUGGUUCGCUAAUACAUAACCUAAAGAGUGUUUUGCCGGAAUCGUUUAGUAGCAGAACUGACCGGAAUAUAAGUAGAAUGCAACGGUUUGAAUCGUUAAUUUGUUGAAACGAUUGUUCUCUGAGACCACUGUGUAACUUUUGACCUGAGAAUCACCAAUUAUAACGACAAUGGUGGAAGCAGUAGGCACUGUAGAGUGUAGGCAGCACUAUAUAGUUGGCACACUUACGCAAGCACACGACUUACGCAGUGGACAUCUGCAUCAUGCAUGUUAAGGUUUACUGGGAAGAGUGAGAAAUUAGUCAGAAUAUAACUGACUAAGGAAAAUAGGCGAUAUUUCCAAUUGAGCUGGGGCGGAGAGGGGGAGGGGACGUAUGGUCAGCUAUGCCAAUAAUUCAUUUUCGUUAUGCAGCUGUGUAAAAGGGCGUCCGUUUUUUGGGUGAGACCUUCCCCAUUGGCCAUUUCCAAGCUAAAUCGUGGUGGAGAGUCUGAAGACCUCAGCCUCGGUAGUCGGUACCCUGCGCGCUGCGCCACCUUGCAAAACACAAAGCAGCAGUCCUGACAUCUACAGGCGUUACUUUUCAUGAAAGCGCGGAUGUGUUCGCGCUUAUGCGAAGAAAAUUCUUCCGAGUAUGGUUGAUAAUGAGGAUAUAAUAAUAAUAAUAAUAAUUGUUGUCAUUUAUUUAUUAAUUCAUUGGCAAAAGUACCCUAAUAAAUCGGUAAAGUAGCUUAAACAGUAUCGUAUUUCCUUGGGAAAAAAAUGACGAACUCAUCCUAAGACAUCCAGAUUAUUGGCUGCGUUCGUCAGUCGUAAGUAGUUCAAGUUUUUGGAAAAAACUUGCUUGUGGAAAAUCAUAAUAUUUUAAAGAUAUGCCUAUUUUCGAAUGAUUUAUGCAUUUAUCUACAUUGAAAAAUGAUUGUCAAGCAAAAGUGCAAAAGAUUAUUGUCAAUUUAUUUUCUCAAAUCACUAAUUACGAACGCACAAAACUCCAGCUUUUAAUUUAGUGCGUGUGCGAAUUGCGGUCAAGAAAAAAGAUUUAAAUUGUCUAUAUUCCUCUUACAACAAUGAAGGAUGAAUGAGGAAAACGCUGUUUUGAGCAAUUGUGAAUUUAUUUUUUCUCAAUUAAGCAAAAGUACAAAAUUUUCAACUAUUAUUACAUUUACUCUCAUAAAACCCAUCACUUUUCAGCAUGACGUCAUGUCAGCCAAACUUACUAGCGCCAUCUCUGGAGAGCAUCUUUCGAAACCUCCAGACGAUAGAGAGAGCCCCUUGGUUGUGCUGCCGUUGUUUUGCGUUGUUGGAUGAAAUCUAUCUUCACAAGGCCUUCUAGAAAUAUCAAGAUGAAAACGCUUGACACAAUCACCUACUCAUUUUCCAUGAUGGACAAUGGGGCGAUUCUCCUUUUGUUGGUAUACUUUCUGAUAACAUUGUCUGAUCUGGAGUGUGAUUACCUGAAUGCUAGAGAGUGCUGCAGUAAACUGAACUGGUGGACGCCGUGGCUGCUCGGCGGCCAGGCGCUGCUCUCGGUGGUGCUGCUGUUCUCAGGCCACUGGCUGCUGUGGCUCCUCAAUGUGCCCGUCCUAGUCUGGCUCGUGUACAGACAAUGGUCGGUGAGGCCGGGCAACAUCGGCAUCUACGAUCCCGCCGACAUUCUGAACGGCGGCCAGCUGCAGCGGCACACGCGAAACACCAUGGUCUUCAUCACGUUCUACCUCAUCUUCUUCUUCGUCUACCUAUACCUGUUCAUCUUAGCGCUGCUGCAGACAGAUGAGAAGCCUCCGCCACCGAUAUACGAGCCACGCCACCUGUAGGACCGUCUGGGAACUCUGAAAGUCGCCGCUGCCGCUGGAGGGCGCCAGCAGCUGCGGACCAUCCUAGUCAUGGAUCGCCGAACGGUAUGGGUCGUCACGGAUGUGGCUGGUUGUCAUGGUCACUGGGACCAUGUUGCCAUGGCGACUGUGGAGUUGUUUGGUCUGUUUUGUGAUGAGGCUGCUCCGUCCGACACGAAGCAGCAGAGGCGGGUGGGAUGGGCGGGAGGCGUGGCUCACGUGUGAGUGUUUUUGCGCAAUAGACACUGGGCAGGGAUCUGGCGACCAUCGGGGCCGGAUGGGAUAAGGCGUUAGGUACGGAAGGGAAUGCGAUUGAAUCAUGAUAACACGCUACCAAAGUGCCGCUGUGACCAAACUGAAGUCAGGGUCCCUUUCAAUAAUGAUAAUAAAUGACCGUUGAUGUGUUCUGAUCAGCAGCGAUCAGUUGGCGGCCAAUUUAAGAAUAUCUGCUUUAUAUUUGCGAUCAAAGCUUCGGCAGCUAACUUAUAAGAAAGAACUGGCAUGCCUUUAACUUGGCCAUGUUAUUCCUGCGUUCAUUCAGACAAAAGUGAUCGCUCAAGCAGGCUAACAGUCAGCUUAGCAGGUAUCUGUUUUGUCUAAUUAAUUUGUGUGCCAAUAUUUUGUUUUUACCAUAUCCGUUUCUGUUACGGUGCCUGCUGUCGAUGACCCUUUUUGAGCCUUCCAAGGAUGUCUGAACAAAAACGGUCGUCAGGGCGUGCAAAAACUGCUUAUGCCGUGCACACCCUGUGCCAUUCAAACUCGGAAUGUUCUGGGUGAUGAAAGCUGCUGACAGUUUUAGGAGCGGUCCGUUCCGAGAAUAUCCUCUGUCCGUUAGACAUAGGUCAUGUGAUGUUCAAUUGUGGUAUGAUUUGAUACGAAUUGAGCUUAGCGGCAUCGCAAUGCGUCAUCGUUUGCUGUUGUGUUUCACGCAAAAAGGUUUGAUGUCUCUUAUGUAAAUGUGAAGUGGGAAUGCGGCCCGUGAAUGUGGUUUGAACGUGAUCUCCCCGCUUUCAUUUAACUCAGUUUCCAGAAAAGAAAAGUGUCAUUGACGAAAGAGCCCACCUUCCUAUUUCGUUAAGGACGUUCGAUAUGGAACACUCGUGUCUUUGUGCAGUGUGCACUGUUCUGCGAGUGUAUCUGCCAGCUCAACCGCUGCCCGAGUGUCUGACAGAAGGACCGCCCUCUGAAUACACCAUCUCUCCAUUUUUA